UUAUCCACACCAACAUCAUCACCAAUACCCCCAUGCCACGUAACUAAUCGCUAAGGACGUAAUGGGGGAGUUAAAAGAGAAAAUAAGGCCAUUAAAAUCCCACGUAUCCAAGUCGAGUCAGUCAGUGUUGGCCUGCAUGUGUCACUGAGAGGUGCUGGCAGAAUGGAUGGGACGCCUGAAGUGAUGGAGACUGCCGCUGAGGAGGUGGCUGCCGAGCCUCUUGUUGGGAUGCUAGACAUGGUCCUUCUCACCUUGCUGGCGGGUGUCUCCGUUUACUAUUUCUUCAUAAGGGACACGAGCAAGAAGGAAGACAGCAAUGCCCUUAAAAGCUUCACUAUAUCUCCCACUCAGCUGACACCCCGGGCCAAUGACUCAAGCUUCAUAUCAAAGAUGAAGUCAUCAGGGAGGAAUGUUAUUGUGUUCUAUGGCUCCCAGACAGGCACUGCCGAAGAGUUUGCAGGAAGACUGGCCAAGGAAGCGACCCGUUAUGGAAUGAAGGGCAUGGUGGCUGAUCCUGAGGAAUGUGACAUGAGUGAACUGUCUCAGCUGGCAGAGAUUGAGAAUCACUUGGCAAUAUUUUGUGUUGCCACUUAUGGGGAAGGAGACCCCACAGAUAAUGCUCAAGAAUUCUACGAAUUUCUGCAAAAUGGCGAUGAAGAGCUCAAUGGAGUACAGUUUACAGUGUUUGGUUUGGGGAACAAGACUUACGAGCACUACAAUGCCAUGGGGAAGUAUGUUGACAAGCGGCUGAUUGAGAUGGGAGCGCAGCAGCUGUUUGAGUUAGGGUUGGGUGAUGAUGAUGCCAACAUGGAGGAUGACUUCAUCACAUGGAAGGAUGCCAUGUGGCCAAAGGUUUGUGAAUCAUUUGGCAUUGAAGCUCAGGCACAAGACAUCAACAUGAGACAGUACAAACUGACGGUCCAUGAAGAGUAUGAUCCAACGCGCCUUUUCACUGGAGAAAUCGCUCGUCUAAACUCACUUAAGGUUGGCAGUCAGAGACCACCAUUCGAUGUCAAAAACCCCUUCAUGGCUGAAAUUGCCAUCAAUCGGGAGUUAUUUAAGGGUGGAAAUCGCAACUGUCUACACAUAGAGUUGAACAUUGAAGGGUCAAGGAUAAGAUAUGAUGCUGGAGACCAUGUGGCUGUGUACCCCAUCAACGACCAGGCCCUCGUGGCCCGUCUGUGUGAGUUGGUUGGUGAGGAUCCUGAGAAGGUCAUUACGCUCACAAAUGUUGAUGAAGACAGCAGUAAGAAGCACCCGUUCCCAUGCCCCUGCACCUACCGUGUUGCUCUCUCCCAUUACGUUGACAUCACUUCCCUACCCAGAACUCAUGUGCUUAAAGAAAUUGCUGAAUAUGCAACAGAUAAUAAGGAAAAAGAAAAGCUGCUGCUACUGAGUAGCACAAGUGAGGCAGGAAAGGCAGAGUACCAGCGUUGGAUUGUGCAAGAUGUGAGAAGCAUUGUUCACAUCCUGGAGGACCUGCCGUCAUGUAAACCUCCCCUUGACUAUCUCUGUGAGCUGAUGCCCAGGCUACAGGCAAGGUAUUACUCCAUCUCAUCAUCAGGCAAGCUGUACCCCAACACCAUCCAUGUCACAGCCAAUGUGCUCAAGUAUGAGACUCCAACUGGACGAGUGAACAAGGGUGUUUGCACCACAUACAUGCAGCAGCUCAAGCCUGACAAUGGCACCAAGUAUCACACUCCUGUCUUUGUCAGGAAGUCACAGUUCAGAUUACCAAGCAAGCCUCAAACUCCAAUUUUGAUGAUUGGCCCCGGCACGGGCAUUGCUCCUUUCCGAGGGUUCAUUCAGGAGAGAAACCUCCAAAAGGAAGAAGGCAAGCCUGUUGGGGAGACCAUACUGUACUUUGGUUGCCGUAACAAGGACAAGGACUAUCUGUAUGAAGAAGAGCUGACUGCUUAUAAGGACUCUGGACUGUUAAAGCUGUAUGUAGCAUUCAGUCGGGACCAGCCGCAGAAAGUGUACGUGACACACCUCCUGGAAGAAAACAAGGAAGAAGUUUGGCGAAUUAUUGGCAAGGAAAAUGGCCACUUGUAUGUCUGUGGAGAUGCAAAGUGUAUGGCCAGAGAUGUUCACGCCCUUAUCAGCAAGAUUUGCCAGACCGAGGGAGGUAUGACACCGUCUGAAGCUGAGCAAUACGUUAAGAAGAUGAUGAACCAGAAACGAUACUCGUCAGAUGUUUGGAGUUAAGUGUCUGUAAGGUGAAAUAUUUAUCUGCAUUACUUUUAAACAAUCAUGUUACAUGUUAGCUAAUUGUAAGUAAGCCCAAUAGUAUAUUGGGUGCAUUAUACAUAUGAUAAAUAGUAUGCUAUUUCUUACAUUUCAUGUGAAGAUUUUAUACUUCUGGAGUUGUGUUAUGUCAAAAUAGUAUUUGGCAAGCUGAAGUGCAACAUUUGUAUAAAUUUUGUACAGUCUGAUAACCAUAAGAUUGUGAAUUAUGGAUAAGAUAUUUAGGUAUGUCAUGAUGGCCAGCAACAGCCAACACUGGUUAUGUGUGUGAGGAUGGUGGUGCUUCCUCACAGUAUGCACGCACACACUCAGACCGUAUCAUGUGUACAGGAUUAAAGUGUAUGCACUUCAGACAAUCUUUUUCACAUAUUUUUAGUAUCUUGAGUUUUACACCGUUUUUAUCUUUGGUAUUGUAAAGCUAAAUUCCAUUUCUCUAAAUGUUCAUUCAUAGUUUUUGAUUAAGUUCCUUAUUAAAAUGACAUCAAGUGAAUGGCCUGAUCAAAAUUUUCCACCAUCUCGGGACUGAAGAAGCAACAUAAGUUUUGAUAGUUUACAGCUUAACACAAAACAUAUAUUGCUGGUGCUACAAUUUGAAAUUCAAUGUUCAUACAAGAAUUUGAUAAAAAUGUAUUUACAAAUUAUGUAAAUUGUGGACCAUAUUAUAUUUGACGUUCUAUGUAUAAUGUAAGAUUAUUUGAAAUUUUUACAGUUCAAAGUUUAUGUAGUUGAAUUUAUAUUUAUUAUUCCGAAGAUAUAAUUAAAUUAUUUGUUGAACCUUCUAAAAUGCAGUAUAUAAUUUCUCCAUGAGGCCUUAGAACCUGUGUAUGUGUAUCCUAAUGAUCAUUAAAACUGUAAUGAGCUGGCUUUGCAUAAAAAGAUUGAGGCCUUAACCGUACAAAAAUUACAUAAUUAAAUUUUUACGUGUU